ACACACACACACACACACACACACACACACACACACACACACACACACACACACACACACACACACACACACACACACACACACACACACACACACACACACACACACACACACACACACACACACACACACACACACACACACACACACACACACACACCCACACCCACACACACCCUGGAUGUCUUCUGUAAUAUGAUCUACUGGAAGAGAGUUCUCCUGAUUCUCCUGAUUCUCCUGCUGUGGGCGUUCAGGGAUAGAAGAAUACGUUUUCAACUGUGGGAGGCAGGAGAGAGAGAGAGAGGCAGAGAGAGAGAGAGAGGCAGAGAGACAGAGAAAGAGACAGAGAGAGACAGAGAGAGAGACAGAGAGAGAGACAGAGAGAAGAAACGUUUUUCAACUGUGGGAGGUAGGAGAGAGGCCUGAGGAAUUUAAUCUGUGGGAGGUAGUGUAGUGUAAUUACAGAGUGUAUAGCAGACCCGCUCCACUCCGUACCAAGCCUGCCACAUCACUAUGGACACAACGGAAUAUAAGACCUUUUUAGCCGUUUUUACCCUCUUCAAUGUCCUGCCGAUAUGCUGGUGUGCCCCUCACCGGUCCUGCGAGCCUGGAGACGACGCUUUGGGAAGAUGCAACAACGGUCCAGAUGAAGAAAAACCAGUGUGUUCAGAGAUUAACCUGGGUUACUGCAACGACCUGGACUACUCCAGGACCAUCUUCCCUAACAUCCUAGGUCAGCAGUCUCGUCAUGAGGUGGAGUCUGGAGCUGAGUACCUCCUCCUCUCUGUGAUCCACGGUCUCCUCAACGGGGAGUGUUCCCCAGACAUCCGUCUGUUGGGGUGCUCCGUCCUCGCCCCGCCCUGCCAAGACCUACCCAGGCCCGCACCAGUCAAGUCGUGCCGCAGUGCAUGUGAGGCGGUGAGGAAGGGGUGUGGCCACGCGUUCGAGGGCAUCGACAUGGCGUGGCCUUACUUCCUAGACUGUGACCGAUUCUUCGCCAGCGAACAGGAAGGCUGUCACGACCCGUUGGCCCCGUUAAGAGCCAGACAGGAAGUGGCUUUCUCCAACCUGUCUCCAGACGAACCCUCCACCAUCAUUCAGUUCACGUACCACUCCAACGCCCAGAUGUACAACGUUCUGAAGAGGACUGCUGCCAAGUGCUCUCACAUCUCCCGCACCUACAGUAUCGGACGCAGCACAGAGGGGAAAGACCUCCUGGCCAUAGAGUUCACAGACAACCCCGGAGGGCACGAACUAUUGGAACCGGAGAUCAAGUUGGUUGGCAACAUGCAUGGCAACGAGGUCCUGGGUCGUCAGUUGCUGCUCUACCUGGCCCAGUACCUGUGUUCCGAGUAUCUCCUUGGCAACCAGCGUAUCCAGACGCUCGUAAACACCACACGCAUCCACAUCCUGGCGUCCAUGAACCCCGACGGUUACGAGCUGGCGGCCGCCGAGGUAGAGGAUAGCAACGACCCGGAACAACAACCACACUACAACCAGGAAGGUCACGAGCUCAACGGUUGGACGGUGGGUCGCACCAACGCUCAGAACCUAGACUUGAACCGGAACUUUCCUGACCUUACGUCUAUUCUCUACCGGAAUCGCAGGAUCAAACGGUUCCGCACCGACCACAUCCCCAUCCCAGACUCUUACUGGUUUGGUAAGGUAGCUUCAGAGACCUAUGCAGUGAUGAAAUGGAUCAGGACUGUGCCGUUUGUCCAGUCUGCUAGCCUCCAUGGUGGAGAGCUGGUGAUCUCUUAUCCCUUUGACUUCUCCAGACACCUCCAUGAAGAGAGGAUGUUCUCCCCUACACCUGAUGAACAGGCGUUUAAGCAGCUGGCCCGGACGUACGCAGACUCUCACGCCAGCAUGGCCGACAACAACACAGAGAGGUGUGGAGCGUCCUUCAUCAGGAGCGGAGGCAUCAUCAACGGAGCUUUGUGGUACAGCUUCCCAGGGGGCAUGUCAGACUUUAACUACCUCCACACUAACUGUCUGGAGAUUACGGUGGAGCUGGGCUGUGACAAGUUCCCUUCUGAAGAGGAGCUCUACCCAGAGUGGCUCAGGAACAAGGAGGCCCUGCUCAGUUUCAUGGAGUCGGUCCACAGAGGUAUUAAGGGAGUGGUGAAGGAUGAGGAGGGCUAUGGAAUUAAAGGAGCGUCCAUAUCUGUCAGGGGAAUACGUAAAGACGUCACCACAGCGGAGGAAGGUGAUUACUGGAGGUUAAUGAACUCAGGAACACACAUCAUAACAGCAUCAGCUAAAGGUUACUCCAAGGUCAGCAAGAGAAUUUACCUGCCUGCUCACAUGGAAAAAGCUGGGCGGGUCAACUUCGUGCUCAAAAAGGUCCCUGUACAGCCAGUAGGACCAGACUACCACCUGUUCCUCAGCUCCUCCCUGGACACUUACGACCGCUUCGACCCUUACAACCACUUCCAGAGCUACGGCCGCUCCGAGCCGGGAGAACCCAGAGAACCCAGGGAACCGGGGAUGGGAGGAGAACCGGGGAUGGGAGGAGAGCGGCAGGAGAAGCCCUGGUGGUGGAACUACUUUACUCAGGCAGGGGUCUCUGCUCCCACCUGGCUGCUACGGAACUUCUAGAAGACUGGACAGAAUAAAGACUGAAACGGCACACUAUUCCCUUAUUUGGUGCACUACAUUUGACCAAAGCCCAUAGUGCAGGGGGCCUUCUUUGUAGUCUGCAUCCCAAAUGGCACCCUAUUCCCUAUAUAGUGCACCCCUAUUCCCUAUAUAGUGCACCCCUAUUCCCUAUAUAGUGUACCCUAUUUCCUAUAUAGUGCACCCUAUUCCCUAUAUAGUCAAAAGUAGUGCACUAUAAAGGGAAUGGGUGCUAUGAUUGUAGUGGCUUCCUUUCCUCUUUACCAUAGCCACUGCCCAAGCCUGAAGCGGGGUUGUUUCGGACGCAUACAGUCCACACUUAACGUUUCCAAACGGCCAAACAUUCAAUGAGAUCCAGGGAUAUGGUGCAACAAAAAAUGUUUAUUCUUCUUAUCUAACAAAAAGGUAUUCUCCAAUCAACUUAAAGCAGAGAUUACUUGAAAUGCAAAUACAUAAUAUAAUAUGACCUGUCUGUCUUUCGCAGUGCAAAGUUUGCACAACUUGGAGAGGAUAUAGCACCGAAAAGAUGUACUGUCAUUCUGUACUCCUCCAAUCUUUUGUUAGUAUCACCAUCCGGCCACCAUAGGAAUCGCAGGAAGUCUAAGUCAUCUUCAUGGACACGUACUUGAUGGAACAUUCCUUCGAUGUCUGCCAUCAUGGCAAUGUGCUCUUGCCGAAAUCUUAGCAAGACUCCUAUAAGCGUGUUUGCCAGGUCAGGGCCUUGAAGGAGUUCACUGUUAAGAGAUGUACCUUUAUAGGAUGAUGAACAGUCAAACACCACUCGUAUCGUUCCUUUGCGCUUAUGGUGAACGCCAUGGUGUGGUAUGUACCAUACCUUGCCUUUCUCUGAGGAGCUGUUCUUGUGGUACCUUCUCGGCGUAACCUUUUGUUAUCAUCUCUUCCAUGAAGCCUUUGUACUCUGCAGCGUAACCUUUGUCCUUCUUGAACUUCCUGAUAAUAUUUAGAGCCCGCUGCUUUGCCAUGUCACGGUUGUUUGGCAGGACUACAUCUUUGUUGCGAAAGGGCAACGGUAAGUAGUAGUGAUGGUCUUUGAGGGUUAUGGAGCUUGAUACAAUCUCCAUAAACCUACGAUCCUCAGCUGACAUCUCACUUUUCUCUUCAUACUCUCUCUCAGGGAAGUCAUGGUUGUACUGAUUUACAAGAAGAACCCCCAGGUCGGCCAUUGAGAUACAAUUGGCCAUCACCGUAGGAUGCCCAGAUUCUUCUGCCAUGGUACAACUGUUGAGAGGACCAUUCAUCACCCAUCCAAAGAGGGUUUUCACUGCGUACGGUCCGUUGCCUUGGCUAUUUAUGAUUUGCCAGGGUUCCAUUGCCUUUGGAGCAUUUACGCCAAUCAGAAGUUCGACGUCGGCAUCAAUCUCCUUCAACUGAACCUCUUUCAGGUAUGGCCACCUUUUGAGAUCUUUCUGAGUGGGAAUGUUCUCUCUUGUCACUGGGAUCUUAUGUUGGGUGUAGACCUUUGGUAAUGCAAGAAAUGUGUCGCCUUCCACAUUGCCAAUCUCUAAUCCAGAUAUCUCAAAGCUCUUGGUAGGACUCUCCUGCCCCAUUGUGCGUAGCAGAAUUUCAGUCGCACUGCCUUUAGCUUGCAACUGCCUCAUGAGUCUCUCCGUACAAAAUGUUGCUGAGCUACCAGAAUCGAGAAACGCAUAGGUUAACACAGACUUGCUUCCAUUUGCCACCUUUACUUGAACUGGCACAAUUGCAAGUGCACAAUCUGUACCGGCCCCGGUAUCUUCACCAGCUUCCAGUGAAACAAGAGCACUGCUGACAGUCUCCUCCCGCUUUACUGCUACACCACUCAUAUCUGCCUUUUGAGAUCUAAAUCUCUCUCUUCCUUCAAUGUGCAGGAUAGUGGGGUGCUUUCUUUGACAGCUCUGACAGGUCAUCCUUCUUUUACAUUCUCUGCUUAAGUGUCCUCUCAUCAAACAGCCAAAACAAAGGCCUUUUGAUCUCAGAAACUCAACCUUGAAUUCAUGUGGCUGUGCCUUCACCUGUUGGCAGUCGACCAAUAAAUGCGCACCAGCACAAAAUAUACAUGAGAUACUGGGAGCAUCAGAAGGGUAGGUGCCUGGUCUCUUUACUUUGAAUGUUUGUUCUUUUAAAGGUUUUUCAGAGUCACAAUCUGCCACUACAGCUACUGUAGUGGCAAAGCUGCUUCCCCUACUCUUGGACUUGAACUGCUGUUUAAAGUCAGCUUCUGUUUUGGGUUUUAAAAACCUUUUGUUGUACAGGGGAUCUUGAAUAUCUCCAUACAACGGAUCCUGCAGUAUUUUGGCCUGUUUUUCCAUGAACGUUACCAGGUCACUGAACUGGGCCCUCAGGUGACUUCUCUCUAAAAUAUCACAUGCCAUAGACCUCCAUUUUUCCCUUAGUUUGUAGGGAAGUUUUGACAUGAUCAGCUUUAUGUUGGAGGGAAGAUUAAGCUCUUCCAUGUUCUGUAGGUCUUGCAUAGCGUUACAGCAACCUCUUAGAUAGAGUGCAUAACCACCCAGUCCCUUUCCAUCAUCGGGUUUGAUGUUUGUCCAGUUCCAAGCCUUUUCCAUGUAAGCAGUGGUGACUUUGAUUUCAUUGCCAAAGUGUUCCUUUAACAACCUCUUAGCUACUGCAUAGCCUCUUCUGGCUUCCAUAUGCAGACAACUACGGACCAGAUCCUUGGGCUGACCAGAGGUGUAUUGUUCCAGGUAAUAGAGCCUAUCCUGGUGACUGCUUGUCUUAUCUUCUAUACCAUGCUCAAAUGCACGCAUGAAUGGCCUAAAGUUUAGAGGAUCACCGUCAAACAUAGGUAUCUCCCUAACAGGGAGUGUGGCUUGUUUGUGCUGUAGUACAAGGAGGUCAGCAAUUUCAUUCUGCCUUUGCAUGACAGUAGAGAGGUUAUCAUGGCUGGUAUUAUGGCUGAUACCCGCAGUGUUGAUUCUGUGUUGAUUGCUAGACCUUGCUGUUGGCUGCUGAAGGGUGUGGUUUACGACUGUUUUCGGAAUAGGGUUUGAUGGCUUUGUGGUCGGUUGUUGUAAAACUCUUUGUAGUGGGGUCUUUGGAACUGCACCUAAUGCAGCAAACUCAACAGGUGAUGGUUCAGGUUCCACAUAGACCUCUGGUUCCUGUUUCUCAAAAUAAGAGUUCAUUCCAUCUUCUUGGCUUAGUAAAUGGGCUGCCACGGAAUGGGAUUGAGAAGUUGACUCAGUACUCUCCAGGACCUUUAGUUUGGCAUUAUAUGCUGCUAUGUCCGUUUCCAGUGCCAUUUUUUCCAUCCUAACAUUCAGUUGAGCUUUCUCCAGUUCCAAUGCAUGCUUGUCUUGUAAUGAUGCUUGGCGAGCUAGUAGAGCUGCUCGUUCUGCCUCGGCUUUAAGGCGUUCAGAGGACACUGAGGAAGCAGUCUUAGAAUACUUAGUUUUACUUGAUAUUUUUGACACAUUGGAAAUGCUGUCAUGUGGUUCAAUGAGCGUUUGUGGCUCAACUUCAGCCUUUUUCCAUAUUUCCACCUCCAUCAUUCACUUUUAGUUCACUCAAUUUACAAUGACACGGUUGUUGGUUUGAUUGUUAAACGUAAUGCCCCUUUAGACCUCCUUUAAUCUUUAAAAACACAGUCAUCCAUUUCAGCAUAUUGACCCAUUUUGAAUUGCACAUGUGCAAGUUUGGCAUUUUAGAUGCGUUUUAAACAUUUCAUCCCGUUGAGGUUUUGUCCCUUUAAUGAAGUUAACACGCAGUAUCUUUAGAUCCUUAAGUUGCAUUCGUUGCGUUGAUGCAUUGCAUUUCCACGUUAGGCCAAAUAUUAGAUAUAUGAUUAGGCUACAUUGUGCAUAGGAUCUGUGUUUCCCAAACUUAAACUUCUUAAUUGUUUUCACAGCGCUGUAUUUUGAAUUCCAUUCCCAAGUUUAUCAAACAUUCCAAUUAUAAGCACAUUUGCGCUUCCAUAAUAUGCAUGAUCAAACGAUCGCAUUGAACAGGGCAGCUCAUUCAUUCGCAGUGGUUACUCACGGCUGGCGAAAUCUAGGAGUUCAAAUCCUUCCAAGCGAGCUGUCCUUAUGGUCCGAAUGCAAUUACAAAUAGAACAAAAUCCAGCGUGUGUCCGAACCGGAGAUUUCCUUCCGGUAGUAAUCCUUCACGGAGUUUUUUGACUUGAUAGACAUACAGACAUACAUACAGAAAGACAGACAGGUCAUAUUAUAUUAUGUAUUUGCAUUUCAAGUAAUCUCUGCUUUAAGUUGAUUGGAGAAUACCUUUUUGUUAGAUAAGAAGAAUAAACAUUUUUUGUUGCACCAUAUCCCUGGAUCUCAUUGAAUGUUUGGCCGUUUGGAAACGUUAAGUGUGGACUGUAUGCGUCCGAAACAACCCCGCUUCAGGCUUGGGCAGUGGCUAUGGUAAAGAGGAAAGGAAGCCACUACAAUCAAGUCAAAAAACUCCGCCACUACAAUCAAGUCAAAAAACUCUGAGGAAUGUCUCCUACAAGUAGAGGCAUGAAUUUGUUUUCAAUAUUUUUUGGUUUCUGUCCCCCAUCACAUUUAGCUCUGGCAGGAGAACCACCAACGUUCCCCUCGUGUUACCAGAAGGCCUGUGUUCUGAUUAGUCUUCCUGUGUAGACAGGCCAGGUACCUCGUCCACCAGGGGUACACCUGCCUCCACUAUGGACAGGAGUCUGAUCAUGUGAUGUGUCCUGACCAGGAAGGAUUCUGGGCCCCAUUAACAUAUUGGGUGUUCUAUUUAGAAUGUUUCAUUAAGAUAUUCUGUUCACAACAUUCCUCCUCUUAGUUCUAUUUUCCUCAGUGUUCUAUUUAGAAUGUUUCAUUAAGACAUUCUGAUCACAACAUUCCUCCUCUUAGUUCUAUUUUCCUCAGUGUUCUAUUUAGAAUGUUUCAUUAAGAUAUUCUGAUCACAACAUUCCUCCUCAGUGUCCUAUUUUCCUCAGUGUUCUAUUUAGAAUGUUACAUUAAGAUAUUCUGAUCACAACAUUCCUCCUCUUAGUUCUAUUUUCCUCAGUGUUCUAUUUAGAAUGUUUCAUUAAGAUAUUCUGAUCACAACAUUCCUCCUCAGUGUUCUAUUUUCCUCAGUGUUCUAUUUAGAAUGUUACAUUAAGAUAUUCUGAUCACAACAUUCCUCCUCUUAGUUCUAUUUUCCUCAGUGUUCUAUUUAGAAUGUUUCAUUAAGACAUUCUGAUCACAACAUUCCUCCUGAGUCAUCAAAAAGAAAGGAGGACCAAGGCACUCUUCAUAAAUUAAUUAAAAUGCCUUUAUUAGUAUGGCAUGUUCAAUAGAAACAAAGUUGUUUAAAAACCGACGCGUUUCGGCUGCAUGGCCUUCGUCAGGGAGUACAGAAAAAAGAGAAUACAAUGUCCUCUUUUGAAAGGCUUUUCCAAUUAGCCCUAAUUAGAAGAGGGAGUGGUUACCAAAUUGGACACACCUAGUAAGCAAUAAUAUACACAUGAAAAGGUGAAAUACUGUAGCUAUGUUAUCAUGAGCAUACAACUCCAAGCUAGAAGCAUCAGAACACCCAGAGAGGCAGUUCCAACCCUAACCAUGACUGGGAGAAGUGUCCAGAACAAGAAAGCAAUAUAUUCCACAGUACUCCAGACCACAGCAAAACAUGAACAACAGUCCAAACAUAGCUAGAGGGCAAUUGAGCAAAAUUGAGCAAAAUGACAAAGGUUGUUUGCACACAUCAAUCUUUAGGAAGCCUACAGAUGGGAAUACCAUUCUGAGGGCAGACAGCUUUCACCCCAAAAGGCUAAAAGAGAAUAUUCCAUAUGGCCAAUUCCAAAGAGUCCGUAGAAUUUGCGAUCAGGAAACAGACUACAGUGUCAAAUCUGCAGAAUUGGAGAAUCGCUUUUUGGAUCGGGGCUACAGCGUUCAGGUCCUGAAAGAUGCAGGUAUAAGGGCUGGAUUACUUGACAGAGAGAACUUGUGUAACGGCUUGUGCUCUCCUCAUCCUCGGAAGAGGUGAGGAGAGAAGGAUCUUCUGACCAAAACGCAGGCUUUGGGAAAUAAGCCAUCUUUUAUUUAAUAACGAUGAUGGCAAACACGAAACGAAACAAAACACUUUCAAACUACAAAACAAGAAAACGACGUUGACGAAACCUGAACAUAAACUUACAUAACUAAACAUAAACUUACGUACAGGAAACAGACGACAUCGAAACGAAACGAAACAAACAAACGCUACAGUCCAGUGUGGUACGAACAAACAUACUGACACGGAAGACAAUCACCCACAGACAAACAGUGAGAAUGCCCUACCUAAAUAUGACUCUUAAUUAGAGGCAAACGCAAACCACCUGCCUCUAAUCAAGAGCCAUACCAGGCAAACCAAAACCAACAUAGAAACAGAUAACAUAGAAUGCCCACCCAACCUCACGUCCUGACCAACUAACACACAAAAACUAACAUAAAUAGGUCAGGAACGUGACAACUUGUUACGAAGAGGAGUGCCUCGUGAUACAUCAGAGAGAGUGUAUUUUGUUACAAAAUACAGCACUGAAGCAGAGAACAUUAAAAGAAUCAUUAAAAAUAAUUGGGGAAUCAUCCAAAGUGAUACGCUACUACGCCAAGUCUUUCCUGAACCACCAGUCAUAAGCUUUAAGAGAUGUCCUACCCUAAAUGACAAAUUAGUCCACAGUUAUCUUCCGGGUGACUCUCAAAAAACUUGGCUUGACCACAAACCCAAGGGUUCUUUUAAAUGUUACCAGUGCAACCAUUGCAGUAAUAUUGCACAGAAAAAGUAUUUUGUUGACACAGCUUCUAAAAUGGAGUAUUACCUCAAGCAUUUUAUUAACUGCAAAACCACUCAUGUCAUCUAUAGACUGGAAUGUCCACAGUGCAAGGUGUUCUACAUUGGACGGACAAAGAGACGCCUUCAAGAUCGUUUGGCGGAACACAAGUACGCCAUACGGGUAGGCAAUGUAGACUACCCCAUGGCAAGGCACUACAAGUCCUUACACCAUGGUAACCCUGCCUCCCUACAAGCUAUGGGUAUUGAUCAUGUUCCGGCCUCUAUUAGAAAAGGGGACCGUCUUAAACAGUUAAACCAAAGGGAAAGUUUUUGGAUUUACAAACUACAGGCCACUAAGUACCCUGGUUUAAAUGAAGAUAUGGAUUUCUCACCCUUCCUGUAGGGUCGUGAUGGGUCCAUUUGCUGUCAUCUAGUGGACAUUUUGCUCAAUUGCCCUCUAGCUAUGUUUGGACUGUUGUUCAUGUUUUGCUGUGGUCUGGAGUACUGUGGAAUAUAUUGCUUUCUUGUUCUGGACACUUCUCCCAGUCAUGGUUAGGGUUGGAACUGCCUCUCUGGGUGUUCUGAUGCUUCUAGCUUGGAGUUGUAUGCUCAUGAUAACAUAGCUACAGUAUUUCACCUUUUCAUGUGUAUAUUAUUGCUUACUAGGUGUGUCCAAUUUGGUAACCACUCCCUCUUCUAAUUAGGGCUAAUUGGAAAAGCCUUUCAAAAGAGGACAUUGUAUUCUCUUUUUUCUGUACUCCCUGACGAAGGCCAUGCAGCCGAAACGCGUCGGUUUUUAAACAACUUUGUUUCUAUUGAACAUGCCAUACUAAUAAAGGCAUUUUAAUUAAUUAUA